AUGAAGCUCUUGGCCUUCCUGACACUGGUGGCAGUUUCCACCAUCCUGGUUUCUAGCCGUAACGAAAGCACAGAUGCUCCCAGCGAAAGCACAGAUGCCCCCAGCGAAAGCACAGAUGCCCCCAGCGAAAGCACAGAUGCUCCCAGCGAAAGUACAGAUGCCCCCACCACAACCUCUGCUGAUCCCACUUCCACUGCUGCCAGCUCAACUGGUGCUUCAUCUACCACAAAGGCCACCGCCACAGCCAGGACUAGACACACCACCAAUCGAUUGUGUUUAUUUCCACGGAUUAACAAAUUUUGCUGA